GGAGCUGACUUACAACCGGACACUUCUCCACCGGGCCCAUUGCGCAUUACAGCAGAGGACAACGCUAAAACUGUAAACAACCCUUGCAAGUGCCCGUGUAAAUAGGUUAUCACAGGCAGUUCUGUCUGCAUCUCAAACCACGAGUGUUUGGAGCCUUUAUCUCCCUGUAGCCUGAGGUGGCCCAACUCUGUCUGAAAGCUCAAGGUGUCAUCUCCCUCCAGCAUGACGGUUGCUACAGGCGACCCUGUGGAUGAGGCAGCAGCACAUCCAGGCCAGCCACAUGAUCAUUAUGACCCAGAGCCGGACCAUGAGUGCUGCGAGAGGGUGGUCAUCAACAUCUCGGGCUUACGCUUCGAGACCCAGCUCAAGACCCUCUCCCAGUUCCCAGAGACCCUGCUGGGCGACCCCAAGAAAAGGAUGAGGUAUUUUGAUCCUCUCAGGAACGAGUAUUUUUUUGACAGGAAUCGGCCAAGUUUCGAUGCUAUUCUGUAUUACUACCAGUCAGGUGGGAGACUGCGCCGGCCCGUUAAUGUGACCCUGGACAUUUUUUCUGAGGAGAUAAGGUUCUAUGAACUAGGUGAGGAGGCUAUAGAAAUCUUCAGGGAAGAUGAAGGCUUCAUAAAGGAAGAGGAGCGGCCUUUGCCAGAAAAUGAGUUUCAGAGACAAGUGUGGUUGCUCUUUGAAUACCCGGAGAGUUCAGGUCCUGCUCGUAUCAUUGCCAUCAUCUCUGUCAUGGUGAUUCUUAUUUCUAUUGUCAGCUUCUGUCUGGAGACACUGCCAAUCUUUCGAAAUGAUGAAGAGGAGAUGUACAAUUAUUACCCAACCAUGUCCAACUCCACCUCUACCACUUACACCUCUACAUAUUUUACUGAUCCCUUCUUCAUCUUGGAGACCCUGUGCAUCAUCUGGUUCUCUUUUGAGUUCCUUGUCCGAUUCUUUGCAUGUCCCAGUAAAGCUGGAUUUUUUGGCAACAUCAUGAACAUCAUUGACAUUGUGGCUAUCAUCCCCUACUUCAUCACCCUGGGCACAGAGCUGGCAGAGAGGCCAGAGGACGGCCAAGCAGGCCAGCAGGCCAUGUCUUUGGCCAUUCUCCGUGUCAUCCGUUUAGUCAGAGUGUUUCGUAUCUUCAAACUCUCACGUCACUCCAAAGGGCUUCAGAUUCUGGGACAGACUCUGAAGGCCAGUAUGCGUGAGCUGGGCUUGCUCAUCUUCUUCCUGUUCAUUGGUGUCAUCCUCUUCUCCAGUGCUGUCUACUUUGCUGAGGCAGAUGAACCAGAUUCGCAGUUUAGCAGCAUUCCUGAGGCCUUUUGGUGGGCAGUGGUUUCCAUGACCACCGUGGGGUACGGCGAUAUGGUCCCCACCACCAUCGGGGGAAAGAUUGUGGGAUCUCUGUGUGCCAUUGCCGGUGUGCUUACCAUUGCCCUGCCUGUACCUGUCAUUGUGUCCAACUUCAACUACUUCUAUCACAGAGAGACGGAGGGUGAGGAACAGGCACAGUAUCUGAACGUCCCCAGUGUGCCUAAAGCUAACUCAGCGGAGGAUCUGAAGAAGAGUGGUCGGAGCGGCAGUGGAUCCACUCUCAGUAAAUCUGACUACAUGGAGAUCCAGGAGGCGGGGAACCAUAGCACUGAGGAUUUUCGGCCUGAGAGCAUGAAAACAGGCAACUGCACCCUGGCCAACACUAACUAUGUAAACAUCACCAAGAUGCGUACAGAUGUAUAACCUGAGUGCAGCUGUCAACAUCAGAUGGAAUGUAAAAGGUCUAUAACGGGGGGAUACAAGAAUGACUCCCUGUGUUGACCAACAUAUGGGGCCGAGUGUGGGAGUCCAGAGCAGAUAAGUAAGAUUGACUGGGAGAAAAGUUCAGUAGAGAGAACUUCAUAAUCUCCCAUUUCAUAUGGACCUAUUAACACCAAUAAGAACUGCCAUCCUAUCUUAUUUGGGACAUUUUCAGUGUCUGCAUGGAGUUAGUCUUACCUGUGUGACUGUUACGUAGAUGUCCUGCUCACAACAGUAGCCAAAUAGUAGCCUAACCAGUAAUAAUCAACAUUAACAGCAUAAAGGGAUUACUAAUUGCUACCUUCCUGCUCUAACUGCCCUUUGGAAAAAGUUGCACGCUAAUAAUUUUGAAUCAGCAUUAGUUUCAUUUUUAAAUGUAACUGUACCCUCAUUUACUAACUUAAAAGUGAUGAAAAACAGACCACAAUAUUAUCAGCACUCAGGAGCGACUUUAAUCUAGUGCUCCAACUGCCAACGUUCUGACUCAGAGAAAUCAAAGCAGCAUCACAGAGAUCACAUCUGUCCUGUGAGAAGAAAACUGAAAGGGGCUGUUGUCUGAUUUCAGUCAGAUAUUGUCCUGCUGCCGUCUUGGCCAGACAAAAGUGCCCCAUUUGAAGGACCCAGCUACACUAACAUUCCUCCCUUGCCCCUCACUGGACAGGCUAGUGGCCUCUCUGACGGCCAGUAGAAAGGUGAAAGUGCUGCAAUUCCAAACUACAAUAGCACAACACCUUUUUCUCUUAAUGAACUUCAAGUUGAUCUAAGUACAAACUGUCCAAGUCGCUGCCUUUGUCAUGCUUAGCACAUGCAGGGCUAGCAGGUGGAUGGAGGGAAGAUCUCUCUUAACAGAGUGAGUGGCUUGUUUAUUUAGGUGCAGUGUGUACAUUUUAUCUGUUAUUGGUCUAAAUGUGCAUUUUGCAGCUUUCUUGGGGUUGCGUGCCUACAUUUGUUAGUGGUUACAACACCUGAUGUGAGGAUGGUGAUGCUGAAUAUCAUCUCUGUAGGUUUGUGGGUGAGUGCCUAUUCCUCUAUCCUCUUCACAAUACCCUCAAGUGUCUCUGUAGCCCCCACCCAGGCCCACUCUGACAGUGAUACACUGUGAACACUGUUAAAGUCACAACACUGCCCAGCAAACACUGUCCUUUUUUCUACUUCAUAGCAUUCCAUGUUUGUAGUAAUAGAUAAAUGGAGAUUGAGAAUUAUACAAGGGUGAGAAUUUAGUUUGUUGGUUUUGUCAGCAGCUAGUUUCACAGAGUUUAAUGUUUAUGUAUGCAAUGUUCACUAGUUUGAUAUAGAGUUAAUUAAAGCUUAUAGUGUAUUAACCCUAAAAUGUUAAAAUUGCAGACCUCUCCUCUCUUUGGAAGAGACAAGCACUAACCCAGAAUCAGUAUGUAAGCUCCACUGGGCAACUGAAAUUAAUUUAUGAGGCCUCUCCAGCUAUUCUAUCGUACCAGCAAUGGCAGCUUUGCAUUUUCCAAUCUGACCUGUUAAUUGGAAAGAAGCAACAAUAACAUUUCACGUUAGGCUUGUGUAAAAGCUUGCUUGUGACAUCCAAAAGCUUCUUAGCAAUUCUGUUUAAGUUAAUUGCUCUUCAGUAAUCAAAUUGGUAAAGAACAAAUUAUACAGCCCUACCAAUCAUUGUUAUUUGGCCAUUUCAGCCCAUGUAUUUCUGCCCUUAAGCAACAAAUCAAAAUUAUUAAGUGUUGCCUGUCUUGGGAACAAGUUAAUGACAAAAAAUUCAUCUAUGAAUAUUUAUAAAAUCAUUUACAGAGUUACGCAAGUGCUGCUUGCUCAAUUAUCAGGUCAUCGAAGACAACUUUACUGUCACAUGAUCUCUUUUUGAAUUGUAAAAGAGAUUAUUUUUUGUCUCAAGUGUUCCACAAUUAUUUUAUACCUAUCCUGCUUGAAGAGUGAUUUCUUUGGUGCACUUUGACCACAGUGUAAUGCAGGACAAAAUGCGGGGGGACCUGUAUAGGCUAUGCUUCCUUCAUCAGCUUUUUAUCAAUGGUACUAUUCUAUAGCUGCAUGACCUAUGAAAUAUUAAUUGUAGCAUGCAUAUGUUAUAAUUAAUACUUAAAAAAGCAAAAUUCAGUUGAAUAUAUUCCUGUAUCUAUAUUUUUCUUGGUGAGAUACUGGCGAUAUGUGCAAUAUAUGAAAGACAAGUCAUAUAACGUUUGACAAAUAGUAUGCAUUCUCUGAACUAUGUUCUUAGAAAUACUGUUGAGUCACACAUCUUGUAAAGUGGUGACCCUGAGAGGGUUGUGUGUCUGUGAGAAGAUUGUCUCUGAUGAGGAUAAAGGAGGUCAGAGUAGGUAUGAGAGAAAAUAGGAAUAUCAUUGUGAAGUUUAGGAAAGGACAGGAAGGCGUGCGCAAAUAAGAGACAUGAAGAGAAUGCCAAAACUGACUCAAGAAUAGAGAUAGCUAAGCCUAAGAUCCACAGUUCAGCUACAAGACUUAAAGCGGCAUCCCACUUUUUGCGGCUAGUCUCAGUAUUCCAGUUACAGUCACAACCCACUGACUGUGGCUCAUAGUGAGGCCGAUGUACUGGAAGCACAACAACAGAUACUGUCUGCUGCCGGCCCAGUGGGUGAAGAGGGAUUCAAACAGUUGGCCAGUCUGGCUUUUUGCUCAGUGGAGUGUAUCAUAAUGCUCCAGGGGCCUGUCUGAGUGCACCUAUCUCUGAGAUGUAGGUCUGUAGUUGUCACUGUGGGGUGUUGUGUAUGCACUGUAUGUGUGUGUGUGUGUGAUAGAAAGAGAGAGAUGGAGAGAAUGUGUGUAUGAGAGAGAGAGCUUUUAGAUGCCCACAGGCUGAGCGUGUAGCUCUUAGAGACAACUUGCCAGCAGUUGUCUAAAAUGCUGCUCUUUCGUCUCCAGGCCAUAAACAACCCCAAGAAAGAAUAUGGAGAAUAUUCUUUUCCGGCCAGUACGAUGCUCAGAGCCUGUAUGUGUGCAUUUAUCUGUGAAUAUGUGGGUGCGUGUGUGGUAACUUUUUCACUGAAUGCAGAGGGUAAGACAUUGUUUCAGGGGAAAUGAAUGCCUUGCUGCUUUUGCUAGGGUUGAGAUUGCUGAGUAUGUGUUGACUUGUAUGACAAUGCAGCCCUCUGAUCUAGGCAGUCUGUAUAAGACCAGGAUGAAUCAACCACAGAGAUGACCUGCAGUGCAAAGACCAAUUUAACACAUUUUAUAUUGUAAACUGAAGGAAACUGUAAAGGAUAGGGAGGAUAAAUUUGGAAGUUAGAUACUGGAAGUUAGAUUAACACUGCCCACAACCUCCUUACACUCCGCUUUACUUAUUAGUCCAGUGUGUACUUGUAUCUCUUCAGCCAGCUUUCUCCUGCUGGAACACCUGUGUGACUUAAUGUGGCCUGAAAGCUUCAUCUGGACCAACCUUUUUCCACUGUCUUUGCCCACUGUCUGGGCAAAAACAUCCUCAUGGAGUUAGCACAGAAACCAUCAAAAUAGAUCAGCAGAAUCAUCUGGACCAAGGAAAACACACCUUCUGUGCUGUGCUUCACAACAAAGACCAGAGGACACUUACCUACCCACUUACCUGCACACAAACACACACACACAUACACACAGACACCCACACACACACACACUUGAGCACACAUACACACCUUAUUCUUGGACAAUGACAACUGUAGGUGCUGUCUGUUUAUCCUUCUGUCCCCGUCCACAGUCUGAACACACGACUGUGGUUCUCUGGAACUCAACGGCCACAAAGUGAAUGGACUAUAACCCACUGCCAGGGGUAAAAACACGUAGCCAUGUAAACAAUGUAUCUAAGAAUUUAAGCUGCUUUAAAUGAUGUCUUAAAAUGCCUAAAGCUUCAGCUUUAAAAAUGAGCUUCUGCCAUGUACAGAUUCCUGUGUAGCAGGGAAUCCAAGUGUAUGCUUCUUGAAGUAAUCCAAGAAACUAAACUGAGUAUUGUAGAUGAAGUAUCUAUUAGGUUUUGUAUGCUCCAAACACAAAGGAUGGAGGUAUAUAUACAUAACAAAAAAAAACAGUGGAAAUCAUAAUUUCUGUGGGAACUCUGACUGCUUAUUUUGUCUUUGCAGAUACUGUAGUCUGUAAUUAAUGUUUUUUUUUGUUUUGUUUUUUCCACUCUGUUUUGUUGUUUGCUUACUGAAUGUCAUCUUGGCUCACCUUUGAGCUUCACGCAGUGUAGGAGCUGAGGUAUGACUAACACGCACGUACACACACAUUCUGUGGCCUUGGUCCAAUAAGACCCCCUUUAGUUUUGUAAUUCCUCUACUUAGAUUCCCUCUCUCCUUACUCUUUCUCAGCUGCUUUUUCAAGGUCCAACUGUGUGUGUGUGUG